UGCACUGCUUCAAAGUAGCCGGAAAAGUGAAGUCAGGCGGCAAGGCUACUUUAGUAAAUCUGAACCCAGUGUUCUGAAUCACAAUGUUUGACAAGGUGAAGAAACUAAAGAAACAGCACAGUGGUGGUGAGCUUGAGACCUGCAGUGAACUGACAAGUAGAAAGCUACUACGGAGAUCAAAAGGCGAAACAAAGGCACACCCUGUGUUUUUCGCAGGCCCCAGCCCCACCAUUGCAGUUCCCCCUGCUGUACCUGAAGGCUCCCGCGGCUGUUUGCGCAAUAGAGGAACUCUACAUGGAUCAGAAGCACUCACUGCUGCCCACCAGCAGUCCACAGCACAAGUGCCUUCCAAUGCAGCGCUGCUGAGGAGUCCUGUGGCAGGCAGGCCUGUGUGCUGUGAGCGAGAGAGCAGUGGGAGCAGCAGCAGCAGCAGCGGCGGUACCAGGAUGGAGAAGGAGGAGGAUAUUAAUGAGGCCAGCACUCCCUCCAAACACACCAAUGUGUCAGAACUCAUCAGCCACUUCGAGGAAACCAGCCUGAGUAACGCAGACGCCAAUGGCUCAACGCCCCUGAAGUCCUGCGCCGCGGACUCCAGAGGUGAACCGUGCUUGGACCAGAGCCCAGGCGGAGGUGGAGGUGGAAGUGGAAGUGGAGAAGGGCACACGGCAGUGUCAGCAGCAGCGUCGCCAUCACAGAAGCAGCAGCAGCAGCAACUGAAGGCAGGAACUGGCCAGUCUCAGGCUCAGGAUGUCGCUAGCAGGAACUACAGACGAGACGUCGACGACUUGAGCACACGAAGACGAGGAGCAGUAAUGCAGGCCGAGGAGGAGGUGGUGGUGGUGAAGGAGAAGGAGAGCGCAGAGGUGACCAUGGCGGAGGUGAAAGGAAAGGAGGCCGAGGGGGAGGUGGAGGUGGAGGUGGAGGUGGGAGGAGGAGAGGGGGCCUCUGAGGGUCUGGUGAACGGGAGCAGGAUCGGGGACGCGGGGACCCAAGGGCCUUGUGCUGCUGUGGUGGGACAGAUGGUGGAUCAGAAGCAGCCUGCGUGUGUGGAUCAUAAUGAAGAGGGUCAAACAGCGUCAGCUGAACCAGCAGAGCAGGUAGCGGCAGUGACUAUAGAGAGCGCUAAGGCUAACGGCUCACAGGAGGAACCUGGGAGCAGCUGCAGCCUUCAGCAGCAGCAACAACAGCAGGCCUGUUUGGAGAGAGCGGAGUCCAUGGAUACCGAGGUGAAAGAAACCAAAGAGCAGAAGCUGUAUAAGAUAGCCAAUGAGCUGCUGCACACCGAGAGAGCCUAUGUGACCCGACUCCGACUGCUGGUGGAGGUCUUCUGUGCCAAACUGACUGCAGAGGCUGCAAAGGGCUCCUUCCCCCUGGAGGUGGUCAACAGCAUCUUCUCCAACGUGGGAUCCAUAUACGCUUUCCACAGCCAGUUCCUGCUGCCAGACCUGGACAAGCGCAUGAGCCAAUGGUCUUCGACUCCCCGGAUCGGUGACAUCUUUAAGCAGCACGCUCCAUUCCUGAGGAUGUAUGCCGAGUAUGUGAAGAACUUUGACAGCGCCAUGGAGCUGCUCAAACAGUGGACCGAGCGCUCGGCAGCUUUUAAGACUGUACUGAAGGAGGUGCAGAGCCUUCCCGAGUGUGGCUGUCUGACCCUGCAACACCACAUGCUGGAGCCGGUGCAGAGGGUCCCUCGCUACGAGAUGCUGCUCAAGGACUACCUGAAGAAACUUCCAGAAGACGACUCGGAUCGCGUUGAUGCUGAGAAAUCUCUAAAUAUGAUCUCCAUGGCUGCCACACAUUCCAACAGUGCCAUUCGUAAACUGGAGAACUUGAAGAAGCUGAUGGAGAUCUACGAGAUGCUGGGUGGGGAGGACGACAUCGUCCAUGCCUCCAACGAGCUCAUCAAGGAGGGACACAUCCUCAAGCUGGCCGCCAGGAACACUUCCGCCAUGGAGAGAUACCUUUACCUGUUCAACAACAUGCUCCUGUACUGCGUGCCCAAGUUCAGCCUGGUGGGGCAGAAGUACACGGUGCGCACGCGUAUCGGGGUGGACGGCAUGAAGGUGGUGGAGACCUCUAACGAGGGCCACUCGCACACCUUCCAGGUGUCGGGCAAGGAGCGGACUCUGGAGCUGCAGGCUAGAUCGGAACAAGACAAAGAGGACUGGAUAAAGGUGCUCAAUGAAACUAUUGAGAUAUUUCAGCAGAAAAAUGAAACGUUUAAAUCCGCCUUGAGGGAAGCGGAUGAGGUAUCGACGGAGGAACUGGGGAGACGAGCCCCGCGCUGGAUCCGUGACAAUGAGGUGACCAUGUGUAUGAAGUGUCGAGAGCCUUUCAACGUCCUGACGCGCAGAAGACACCACUGCAGAGCCUGUGGCUAUGUGGUGUGUGGAAAGUGCUCCGACAACAAGGCUGCUUUGGAGUACGACGGCAAUAAGAUGAACAAGGUGUGCAAGGACUGCUACUUCGUCCUGACGGGCCGCCUCGAGGGCGAGGAGAAGCCUGAGUACAAGAGGAACGACAGCAAGAAGAAGGGCAUCCUGGAGAUUGAAGCGGCCCAGUUUUCGGGCAACAGCGUCAUGUGUGGUUUCCUGCACCACAGCGACAAGGCCAAGCCCUGGCAGCGCGUCUGGUGCAUCAUCCCCCAGAAGGAGGCCCUGGUGCUCUACCUGUACGGAGCCCCACAGGACGUGAAGGCCCUGUCCACCAUCCCAUUGCUGGGUUACACUGUGGAAGACAACUCCCGGCCAGGCGACCCACCGGGCAGCUUCCGCCUCUGCCAGUCCAAGUCCGUGCACAGCUUUGCGGCGGAGAACGACGACGUGAGGCAGCGCUGGCUCCAGGUCAUACGCAUGGCGGUGAAGGGCGAGGUCCCCAGCAGCACCUCGCUUCCCAACAGCCCGGGCACCCCCAACGGUGCCAUGGAAGUAGGCUACGACACCUCAGAAUAAACCCCUCUGCCACACUGGGCACAUAGCAUGGUGGCACAGUACAUUGUGGAAAGACUUGGGAUUUGGUGGCUCAGUACAUUGUGGAAAGACUUGGGAUUUGGUGGCUCAGUUUGCUCUGUACACAUACGUACUCUACUAGGCCACUGAGAGGCUACCUAAAGAGGCCAGUCUACGCCAACUUGAUAUGACGGACUUGGAUUUUUCAAAGCAUCUGAACUUGUUUUGUGGGUGUGCACACCAGGAUAGCAAAGUCUGCGUAGAGAUCUAGAGUACACCUCAGCAACUGCAUGGAACAUGAAGAUGCGUAUCGAACAUGCAUAACAUGGGUUUGUCAACACCAGGCUUCCAAAUUCAUGGCAAGCUGAUGUUUCCAACUUCAUUUGACAGACUUAAGACACCCCGCUUGCUGUCUGGCAAAGUUUUCUCAGACUGAUCAGUUGAUCUGAUACACACACAGCUGGGACAUACUUGGACGUUUUAGUGCCUCAACCUGCUAUUGUUUUGUACAACAGUACCAGUAGGCCAUUCUGCUGUGAAAUGACAAGGCGAUGUCAAUUAAUUCUGAAGAAGGCCAGAGAAGCUUGUUGUGGGUAAACCCCAGCUUUCUGUGUGGACCACGAAAAAUAUGUGAAAUGUGAUUUGUUUGCGCCAACUUGCUGUGAAGGGACAACACCAACGAUAUACCAACUAGAUGGAGAAGAGUCGAAGACGUAUGGAAUGCAUAUUAUGCCAACAAGAUGUGAAAAGGCCUUGAUGAUUAAAUUAAGGCAAAUUUCGUUGUGUGAGAUUUUGCAAUGCUACAGUACAGCCAAGCAGCUUUAGCAUGGCUCAUUUCCAUUAUCGACACCCUUUCCUGAAUGAGACAGCAUUGUGGUCUAUUGUGUCUAACACUGGAAGAGCAGCGGAAGAGUAAAAAAAAUGUUGCUGGUGUGUACUGUAAAAGCAACAGGCACCCUCUCUGCCACAGCAAUAUACCCAUAGUUAUGUGAGCCGAGACCAAUCGCACAAACCAAACGCAAACAAACUUGCAGAUCAUGUACCGAUACCGAAGGAGCUAUAAAUAAGGCAACUAUUAAGUUAUAGAGCUUCUGAAUUGCAAUUGUGAACUGCAUGUAUGAAAUAUCAAAGACCUUGAGGAGAAUGACUCUCCAUGGUCCAAUCAGAAGCAACCCCUGUACUUUGUCAAAAUGUUUUUAAAAUAAUUUGUGUUAAAGGGCUAUUCAUUUUUAUGUAAGUAAUAGACAUGCGGACCAAGACAAAAGUACUCCAGUGAGUACUGGACAAUUAAGUGGCAGGAUAGGCUAUGUCUUGAUACUCAAUUACUAUGACGGCCAUGGUGAGAGGUGACCGUAGAUUAUUAGUUUCCACUCUUUCAUUCUUUGACACCCCGUGACCACUUCCUUCCGUUUGGUUUUGUGCUGUUCAUCCCUCCUUUUUUCAUUUGUCUGUCAGUGCAGUUUCUUUGUCAAUGUUUCUUUGAAGGUUUCGAAAAACCUCACUGUUGUUAAUAUUUUUUAAUUCUGUAAUAUACAUGUUUUCUGUAUCUGUAAUAUAUGCGCUUUUAAAGUUGCUUAGUAUUAUAAUAAAGAUUUGUUCUAAAUGUGUAUUGAAGUGUACACAAGUAGUCGUAACCAACCUCCAUCUAGUGUUGCCUAUUCUGCAGAUGACUUGAGUUUCAUGUCAACUGCAGGCAGGAAACAGGAAGUGUCUCGUUAGUUCUGACCUGUGAUCUUAGUAAAUCCUCUGCUGCUCAUGUCUGUGUUUUUCCACUACAGACAGAGCCAAUGAGAUGAUGUCGACACCUUGUCACUAAAACAUUAAUUGAAC